AUGAAGGCUGACUGCGAUGCUUCAGACGAUUUAGCAUGGGCAUGGUGGUGUGAUCAACAAGGUGCAAUCCAGUCGAGUGGUGUCGAUUUCAUCAAGAAUUGGAUUGCCACAUUCGAGUGGAGUAUCGACGCCACACUGAUAAAGGAUGGAUACCAGCACUAUCUGAAGAGGACUUUGAGGGAGUAUCUGAGGAACGACAGAGCAGUUGACGAGGUCUAUCCCCGUCGCGAUCACCAAGGCUUCGACGUCGUAUUCAGAGAUCGCGAAGAUCAGACAAAUGUCAGAGCAGCGGCUAUUGUACAUCCAGACAAAAUCUUUAACUCGCGCUCUUUCCUCUUCGGUCAGGGAACAACGGUCUUUGGAGCCACGCAGGAGAAGCUGACCAAAGAAGAUAUAGUGAUGAAGAUAUACUGGCCGGAGAUCACUCGUACAAGUGUGGCUGUCACCAUUGACCGGGCAGUGGGACUGCGUCAGGGAGACCAUCUCCAUCUGCCCACGAUGAUUGCCUCGUACGACCUGAACUAUUCGACCGGAGCAAUUCGGGAGGACAUCCAGAGAGAAGGGCCAGAUGUUGGGGAUUCUAUCGGUGACUCACAUUGCACGCCCCUACUGCUGAUGCAGAAAUUGUUGCCCAUUGAUGGAUUUCCCGGUGGCGAGUUCCUACGUGAAUGGGUGGAAUGUUAUCGAAGCCAUUCCGCGCUCUGGAUGAAGGAUAUUGAACACACAGAUAUCACUCUCGACAACUCGCUUCAUGACCCCAUUACUCAGAACAGUGUUAUAAAUGAUUUUGAUUUGGCUAGGAUGCGCCUACACGAUAACAAUCAGGCGACAGGGCAGGAACGGACUGGCACCAUCCAAUUCAUGGCAAUCGACCUCCUCUCAAGCAAGUAUUUCCGCGGAGAGAUCGUGCGCCUGUAUCGCGAUUUCGAAUCAUUCCUUUGGGUCCUGCCCUAUAUACUGCUGCGUGGAUUUUCUGUGGAACAAGAUGAAGAAUUUAAAUUACAAGCUUUGUCGUGGUUUCAAGUACGACUUCCUCGGAGCGCUGACAACUUAGCAUGGGUAUGGUGGUACGAUCGACAAGGUGCAAUCCAGUCAAGCGGUGUCGAUUUCAUCAAGGACCUUCCCUAUUUCCUAGUUCUGAUUGCCACAUUCCGUCAUUUGGGUCUGCGUGAAUGUGGUAUUGACGCCACACUGAGAAGGGAUGGACAUCAGCACUAUCUGAAGAGGGCUACGAGAGAGUAUCCGAGGAACGACAGACUCGGAACAGCUCAUGAGAGCCAUCCUCGUCGCAAACCCCACGGCUUUGACAUCGUAUUCGGAGAUCGCGAAGAUCAGACGAACGUCAAAGCAGCCGCCAUUACACGUCCUGACAAAAUCGUUAAACCGCGAUAUUCCCUUUUCGGUCGGGAAACAAAGGAAUUUGAGGCCACGCAGAAGAAGGCAGAUGCAGUCAUGAAGAGAUACUGGCCGGAGGUCAUUCUCACGAGCGACGCUGUCAUUUUGGAGCGGGCAGUAGAACUGGGUCGGGGAGAUCCGCUCAUAGAGGGACAUCUGCCCACAGUACUUGCCUCGUACGACCUGAACUACUCGACUGGAACAAUUCGCGAGGAUAUCCAGAAAGAAGGACGAACUGUGGGGAAUGCUAUCGGUGACUCACAUUGCAUGGGUCUACUGCUGAUGCGGAAACUGUUGCCCAUCGACGGAUUGCCCGCUGAGGAGUUUCUGCGUGUAUGGGUGGAAUGCUAUCGAUGCCAUUUCGCGCUCUGGAUGAAGGGCUUUGCUCACACGGACAUCAGUAUUGACAACCUGCUCUAUGACCCCAUCACCCGAAAAGGUGUCCUGAAUGUUUUCGAUUUGGCUAGGAUCCGCCUGGACGAUAGGAACCAGGCGACAGGGCAGGAACGGACCGGCACCAUCCCCUUCAUGGCAAUGGAUCUCCUCUCAAGAGAGUAUUUCCGCGGAGAGAUCGUGCGCCUGUACCGCCAUGAUUUCGAAUCAUUCCUUUGGAUCCUGCCCUAUAAGCUGCUGCGUGGCGUCAGCAAAAACGAUGCGGAUUUGGCAAAAUGGGAUACUGGCGAUUACAGUCGUUGUCGCGCCUUCAAGAACGACUUUCUCUACACGAAUUUUGGAAGAUGGAGGGCUAAGGAUGAGAAUGAACGGGUUUGGAAAAGCGUUGGGUACUGGUUGAUGGACUGGUUGAGGGAUAAACUUUACGAGAUGACAAAGUUGCGUGGUCUGGAGGAUGAGGAACCAGAAGAGCUUUCACAGAGUGGCCUCGACAAGAUAAAUCGAUGGGAGGAUCAGUCCAACAAGUCGGCCAUAGAGGUUCUCAAAGACGCUGAGGCUGUCAUCGCGACGCGCUUGGCUAAGGCGGGUUUGUCCAUUUCCAUUCCCUUCCAACAACUCUCUGCCGCAGAGCUCCAACGGUAUCUCCCUUCUCCGUCACUUCCUGCUUCAUCCUCCUGAGUCCCACCAUUUCCC